CCAUUUACAUAACCACACCCAUACACACGGCUAGAACACCCAUCACACAACCCACUUCCAACAUGCUAUAUUUCAUGAUUUCCAUCCAUAUUAACAUACCACAUUGUGCACAAAACAUUCACAACUCAUAAAGCAAGAGAAAUUCUUACCUUUCUUCUUUACUCCACCAUUAGGCUAGGGUUUGAAAUCCACAAAUUUGAUGGCUUGCUCGCUCCAACGACACUUCCACGUUACUUAGGGACCUCUAAUUAGUGGGUUUGUACCAAAGAAUUAAUUUUUGGAGAGGCAAAAUUUGGACUUGAAUUUCCAUGGUCCAAGUCGUGAGCUAGAGGGAGUAUUGCUCUCCAAGGUCUUGAUUUUUCUCUCUCUCUAGUGUUGAAGUGGAAAUGAGAAAAGAUGACUUAAGGGUCAUCUUUUAAGUCCCCAAAAUAUCUCUAUUGCCUUUGGCCCACACAAUGUGUUGGACCAAUUAAAAUUGGCCACACAAUGUGUGGGACCUUUUUGUGGGCCACACGGCUACAAGGCCAUUUUUGGGCAAGAUUUUUAAAUUCCAAUUUUUCCUAAGUAUUCAUGCCAUCAAUUUCAUAUUCAACUUAUGUCUCAAAAUAAAAUCAAAGGUCGAAAGUCCCGACUUCAAAUCCCGGAAUAGUCUUGGCCUUGAAUUAUCAUAGUUAAUCCGGGUUGUCCCAAUGUAUAAAAAAUACGGGACGUAACAGUUACAACUAAGACACAACUAAGAUACAACUUGCAAGUACAAGUUGUAUUUAUCACUUGGAGUCAAAUGGUACAAUAUACACUUAGUUGUAUAAUCAUUAAUAAUACAUCCAAAUUAUAACUUGACAAAUGGUUUAUAACAAUUUUGGUUUUUUUGCAUUAUUAAUGCUCUCUGCCACAAUUUACCCACAUGGAACUUUGAUGGUGUUUGGCUUAUAUAAAGAUACCCCACUAUGAUAAUGCCAAACGUGGAAGAAUAUCAGAGGUGACGUGUCUUUCUUACUUUAAAUAUCUUCAAACAGUGAGUAAAUUAAGCUUUGUUAAGGCAAAAUACAUCAAAACACCCCUAAACUAUAUCCAAAAUGUCAAUAUCACACCUAAACUAUAUGAGCGACCUAUUACACACCUUAACAUCUUAAAAGUGAAUUAAAUUACCCCUCCAGAGACCCAAACUCAGGCACGUAUUUGUCCACAUUUUUUAGCGCGUUGGAGCUGUAAAAAGGGCCAUUAUAAUUUUAAAAAAAAUGAAAAAUCAAUUAAACAAUCCUAAUUAAUAAUCCUAACGGUUAAGUUCAAAUUUUCACCCACCCACAUUUACCCAUACCCGUCCUAAACAUUUAGAACCCUAACUCCCCUAAAUUGCUGAAGAACACGCCCAAAUCGGAGCUCAACCCCAGUUGUUUUUGAAUCAAAGGUAACUAAAUUCAACUUUAUUUAGCUUGUUCUACUAUAUAAGCUCAAGUAUUGUUGUAUUUCGCAGCUGUAAAAAUCGCUCGGAUUCACCUUUUUUUUUGUUGCGUUUGUAUAUAAUCUUUCAUUUCGUAUGGAGCACUGCUUAAUUUGUUUUUGUUUUCUCUUUUCUAGUAAAGAUUGUUAUACAAUGGCUAAAAUAGGCUUAAGUAAGUUUUGUAAGCAAGAGGAUGAUCAUGAGUUGAAGGAUGUGCGAUGCAAACAUGGAUUUCUUUUGCCAUUGUUGACUUCUUGGACCCCAAGGAACCCUAGUAGAAAAUAUUGGAGUUGUCCAUAUUAUGGUGGUGCUAGAUCAUGUGAUUUUUAUCUUUGGAAAGAUGCUGACAUUGAUCCAAGAUCCAAAUUUGUUAUUCCUAAAUUGGUGGAAAGAAUUGGUGAACUUAAAGCAUCAUUGGAGGCUUUUGGAAAAGAUGAUUACAAGUCUUCUCCGUCAACAAACUCCGUGGAAAGCAAAAUUGAUAUGAACAACAUAGAAAUUCAACUAGAAAAUUUUGGAGAAGACAUUAAGAAGAUGAAGGAAAAAGAUAAGAACUGGAAGAGAAAGUUGGCUAAGUCCAAGAAAAGGGAGAAAGUUCUUUUGAUUUCGUUAUUAUGUAUUUGUAUUGUAGUAGUAAGUUUUCUAUUUCAAAAAUCUUUUUUAGAGGUGUUUCAAUGAAGUUUCCCUAAGCUCUUGUUGUAGUUUGGCAUGUCGUUAGGGGUUAUUUUGUAGUAGUAAGUUUUGGUGCUUUUGGCAUAUUGUU